AGAGCCGUUCCUGCGGCUCGGAUGUGCUCGGUCCGUAUCAGAAAGGCAGGCCGCACCGCGCGGCGUGGCGGCGCCGCGGCGUAGAUGCCUCGCUCGCGAGGAGGGGCCGUGAGGUCCCCGCGGCUCCUCGCCGUCUCAAUCGCCCUCCGGGCGGUCGGCGUCGACGCAGGCAUCUUCUCCGCGUACACCAAGACGCUGGACGAGAGGGAGUGCACGUGCAACUGCUGCAUCAAGGAGCGCCGGCGGCCGACGGAGCUCCCGGCGCUUUCGCCGUACAAGUGCGCUGCCGCCCCGGAGAACGACCCUAAGAUGGACCUCUACGGCUGCUCGAACACGUGUUCAGUCGUUAACGACCCCAUCUUCCCAUCGGCCACGACGCUGGAAAUGAACAGGUUCUGCUUCUACCACUGCACCCCCACCGUCGGGGGCAGCGACUCCGCGGUGGCCGCCGCCAUGUCCAACCAGCAGGGCUCGUCCAUGUCUAGCGGAGGCAGCCUCGUCGACUCGCCGUGCGUGUCGCUGUCCGGGGACGCGCUGAGAAAGGCCAUCUCCUCGGACCACAACGGCCAGGACACGCCGGCGUGCCGCCUCAUCGAGGUGUCGUUGAAU